AGUGCUGGAUUUUCUUGUCCACACUCACUUGAAGAAAUACAACCAACUCUUAAUUAACGGGAUUUUGGAUUUUUUUGCAAAUAUGGAAACUGAAAAUUGCACACAAGAAUUAAGUUCUUCAGCAUCGACUGGCCGCAUCAAAAAAGUUCAAUUCUCCAGUGAUAGUUUUAAGGUGGAUGAAGACGACGAUCAUAAUACAAUUUGUGACAGUGUCAAUUGUUUAAAUCUGGACGAUAAUAAACAAUUGGAUAGCAAUCAGGCUGCGCAACAACAACAAGAUCAAUUGGAUAAUUGUGAUACAAAUAAUCGUAGAUUAAUAUUGAAUAAUAAUAACAUCAAGAUGAGCAAUUCAAAUAAUGAACGACCAAGUUUUUUGGUCGGUGACGAAAAUGAUGUUACCAAUGGCCAUGAAGCUGGAGAAUCUGGCGAUGAAUUCCCCCAGAAAAUGCAAAAUGACAGUCAACGCAUGAAUGGUGAUUUAAUGGAGAAACGUAAACGUUUGAGACCGAGUAUGUCUCGCGGCACCGGACUCGGCCAGGAUCGUUAUCAGGAUCGUGAUUUUCACAUUGCAACACCCGAAGAAUUUGUUAAGAAAUUCGGUGGUACUCGUGUCAUCAAUCGCAUUCUAAUUGCCAACAAUGGCAUUGCUGCCGUCAAGUGUAUGCGUUCGAUUAGGCGUUGGUCCUAUGAAAUGUUCAAAAAUGAACGGGCCAUUCGCUUUGUUGUUAUGGUCACACCGGAAGAUUUAAAGGCAAAUGCUGAAUACAUUAAAAUGGCCGAUCAUUACGUCCCAGUACCCGGAGGUUCGAAUAACAACAAUUACGCCAAUGUGGAAUUGAUUGUUGACAUUGCUUUACGUACUCAAGUACAGGCUGUUUGGGCUGGUUGGGGUCAUGCCUCGGAAAAUCCAAAAUUACCCGAAUUGUUGCAUAAAGAAAAUCUCAUCUUUUUGGGUCCCCCCGAAAGAGCCAUGUGGGCUUUGGGUGACAAGGUUGCCUCAUCGAUUGUGGCCCAAACUGCAGACAUUCCCACUUUGCCAUGGUCCGGUUCGGAUUUGAAAGCCCAAUACAGUGGCAAGAAAAUCAAAAUCUCCAGUGAUUUAUUUGCACGUGGUUGCGUUAGUAAUGUGGAACAGGGUUUGGCAGCUGUAAGCAAAAUUGGCUUUCCUGUCAUGAUUAAGGCCUCCGAAGGUGGUGGCGGCAAAGGUAUUCGUCGUGUCGACACCGCCGAGGAAUUCCCCGCCCUUUUCCGUCAAGUACAAGCUGAAGUUCCUGGCUCGCCAAUUUUCGUCAUGAAAUUGGCUCGUGGUGCCCGCCAUUUAGAAGUACAGCUGUUGGCCGAUCAGUAUGGCAAUGCCAUCAGUCUUUUCGGUCGUGAUUGUUCCAUUCAGAGACGUCAUCAGAAAAUCAUUGAAGAAGCUCCAGCCAUUGUUGCCCAUCCGGAAAUUUUCGAAGAUAUGGAAAAGGCCGCGGUGCGUUUAGCCAAAAUGGUGGGCUAUGUCAGUGCUGGUACUGUCGAAUAUUUGUACGAUGCUGAAGGCAAAUAUUUCUUCUUGGAAUUGAAUCCUCGUCUGCAAGUAGAGCAUCCAUGUACCGAAAUGGUGGCAGAUGUCAAUCUUCCCGCUUGUCAAUUGCAAAUUGGAAUGGGUAUACCGCUGUAUCGUCUGAAAGACAUCCGUCUGCUCUAUGGAGAAUCACCCUGGGGAACAUCUGUUAUUGAUUUCGAGAAUCCUCCAAACAAACCCCGCCCAUCGGGUCAUGUUAUUGCUGCCCGUAUUACAUCUGAAAAUCCUGACGAAGGCUUCAAACCAAGUUCGGGUACCGUACAAGAAUUGAAUUUCCGUUCCAGUAAAAAUGUUUGGGGUUACUUCAGUGUUGCCGCUUCUGGUGGUCUUCACGAGUUUGCCGAUUCUCAGUUCGGUCAUUGUUUCUCGUGGGGUGAAAAUCGUCAACAGGCUCGUGAAAAUUUGGUCAUCGCCCUCAAAGAACUUUCGAUUCGUGGUGAUUUCCGUACCACGGUGGAGUACCUGAUUACUUUAUUGGAAACCAAUAGCUUUUUGGAUAACACCAUUGAUACCGCCUGGUUGGAUGCCUUGAUUGCCGAAAGAGUCCAAUCGGAGAAACCCGACAUUCUAUUGGGUGUUAUGUGUGGAGCUUUACACAUCGCUGAUAGGCAAAUCACCGAAGCUUUCAAUAGUUUCCAAACCUCCCUUGAAAAGGGUCAAAUCCAAGCAGCCAACACCCUCACCAAUGUCAUCGAUGUGGAACUCAUCAACGGCGGCAUUCGCUAUAAGGUACAGGCUGCCAAGAGUGGUGCCAACACCUAUUUCCUUUUGAUGAACAAUUCCUUUAAGGAAUUGGAGGUGCAUCGUCUAUCUGAUGGUGGUAUGCUGCUAUCAUUUGAUGGCGCUUCGUUCACCACCUACAUGAAGGAGGAGGUGGAUCGUUAUCGCAUUGUUAUUGGCAACCAAACUUGCGUAUUUGAAAAGGAAAAUGAUCCUUCAUUGUUGCGCAGUCCCUCGGCUGGUAAAUUGGUUAAUUUACUUGUCGAAGAUGGUGCCCAUGUCAACAAGGGUCAGGCUUAUGCCGAAAUCGAAGUUAUGAAAAUGGUUAUGACUUUAACUUCCCAGGAAGCUGGUACCGUAUCCUUUGUACGUAGACCUGGUGCUGUUCUAGAUGCUGGCUCAAUGUUGGGUCAUUUGGAAUUGGAUGAUCCCUCCCUGGUUACCAAAGCCCAACCCUACAAGGGACAAUUCCCACAACCUGAAAAUCCUCCAGUACCCGAAAAACUCAACCGUGUCCAUAACACAUACAAAACUAUUUUGGAAAAUACCUUGGCCGGUUAUUGUCUACCCGAGCCGUAUAAUGCCCAACGUUUGCGUGAUGUCAUCGAAAAGUUCAUGCAAAGUUUGAGAGACCCCUCUUUGCCUUUGCUGGAAUUGCAGGAGGUGAUUGCUUCCAUUUCGGGCAGAAUACCAAUUUCCGUGGAGAAGAAGAUCCGCAAGCUGAUGACUUUGUAUGAGAGAAACAUUACCAGUGUGUUGGCCCAAUUCCCCUCGCAACAAAUUGCCAGUGUCAUCGAUUUCCAUGCUGCCACAUUACAAAAGAGGGCCGACCGUGAUCAUUUCUUCCUCACCACUCAGGGUAUCGUACAAUUGGUGCAACGCUAUCGUAAUGGUAUUCGCGGUCGCAUGAAGGCCGCUGUCCAUGAAUUGUUGCGUCAAUACUACGAUGUCGAAUCACAGUUCCAACAUGGCCACUAUGACAAAUGUGUGGGCUUGGUUAGAGAACGGAAUAAGGAUGAUAUGGAAACUGUGGUGAAUACAAUUUUCUCACAUUCCCAAGUGGCCAAGAAGAAUUUGCUCGUGACCCUGCUGAUCGAUCAUUUGUGGGCCAAUGAGCCAGGUCUAACAGAUGAGUUGGCUCAUACCUUAAACGAAUUGACUUCGUUGAAUCGUGCUGAACAUUCACGCGUUGCUUUACGUGCCCGUCAGGUGCUCAUUGCCGCCCAUCAACCAGCCUAUGAACUUAGACACAAUCAAAUGGAGUCGAUAUUCCUUUCGGCUGUUGAUAUGUACGGUCAUGAUUUCCAUCCUGAGAACUUGCAACGUCUUAUCCUUUCGGAGACCUCGAUCUUUGAUAUUCUUCACGAUUUCUUCUAUCACACCAAUCGGGCGGUAUGUAACGCUGCCUUGGAAGUCUACGUGCGCAGAGCCUACACCUCAUAUGAGUUGACUUGCUUACAACACUUGGAAUUGUCUGGAGGUUUGCCAUUGGUUCACUUCCAAUUCCUCCUGCCCACUGCCCAUCCAAAUCGCCUUUAUUCACGCAUGUCUCACGAUGGCGUUGAAGGUGCACCUGAGACAGUUAGUAAUACCUUCUUGCGUACUGGUUGCAUGUCGGCAUUCGAUUCCUUUGAACAUUUCGAAAUGUAUUCUGAUGAAAUUUUGGAUUUGUUGGAGGAUUUGGCUUCACCUGCAUUUGUUAGUGCCAAGGUUUUGGAGGCCGUUGAUGCUGUCGAUUCCAUGUCUGAUGGCCGUUUAAGUACCUCAAUUAAUGUCUCCCUCUCCGAUCCCAUUACCCGAGCCAAUGCUGCUGAAGAGGCCAAGUCAACUGAACCCAUACAUAUUAUUAGUGUGGCUGUUCGCGAAACCGGUGAUAUGGAUGAUGUCCAAAUGGCCCAGAUUUUCGGCAACUAUUGUAAAUUACAUCGUGAAGAAUUGUUGCAACGACGUAUUCGCCGCAUAACCUUUGCUGCAUUGAAGAAACGCCAAUUCCCCAAAUUCUUCACAUAUCGUGCCCGUGAUAACUUCGAAGAAGAUCGCAUCUAUCGCCAUCUAGAACCUGCCUGCGCCUUCCAAUUGGAAUUGAAUCGCAUGAGAACUUACGAUCUCGAAGCAUUGCCAACUGCCAAUCAAAAAAUGCAUUUAUAUUUGGGUCGUGCAAAGGUAUCACAGGGUCAAGAGGUGACCGAUUAUCGUUUCUUCAUUCGUUCCAUUAUUCGCCAUUCCGAUUUGAUUACCAAAGAGGCUUCAUUCGAGUAUCUACAAAACGAGGGUGAACGUGUGCUGCUCGAAGCCAUGGAUGAAUUGGAAGUUGCAUUCUCGCAUCCCCAUGCCAAGCGUACCGAUUGUAAUCACAUUUUCUUGAACUUCGUGCCCACUGUUAUUAUGGAUCCGGCCAAAAUUGAAGAGUCGGUGACUAAGAUGAUUAUGCGCUACGGUCCCAGACUGUGGAAAUUGCGUGUUUUGCAGGCUGAAUUGAAAAUGUUGAUUCGUCAAUCUCCUCAGGCACCCACACAGGCCAUUCGUCUGUGCAUCGCCAAUGAUUCGGGUUAUUUCUUGGACAUUUCCAUGUACACCGAACAGACUGAUCCUCUCACGGGUAUAAUUAAAUUCAAGGCAUAUGGUGAUAAACUGGGUUCCCUACAUGGCCUGCCCAUCUCCACACCCUACAUGACCAAAGAUUUCCUGCAACAAAAACGCUUCCAAGCUCAAAGUAAUGGCACCACAUAUGUCUAUGACAUUCCCGAUAUGUUCCGUCAAAUGACUGAACGUCAUUGGAAGGAAUUCUCCAAGGCUAGGCCGACCGUAGAUGUUCGUAUACCAGAAAAGAUAUUGAUUGAGUGUGUUGAAUUGGUGUUGGAGGGUGAUAAUUUGGUGGAAAUGAAGCGUUUGCCAGGAGAGAAUACUUGUGGUAUGGUAGCCUGGCGCAUUAUCUUGGCCACUCCCGAAUAUCCAGAGGGUCGUGAAAUGAUUGUCAUUGCCAAUGAUUUGACCUAUUUCAUUGGUUCCUUUGGCAUACAAGAAGAUAUUGUCUUCCACAAGGCUUCACAAUUGGCCCGAGAAAGAAAAGUUCCAAGGAUUUACAUUUCCGUUAACAGUGGUGCUCGUAUUGGUCUGGCUGAAGAAGUUAAAUCCAUGUUCCGUGUAGCAUGGGAAGAUCCCGAAGAACCUGAAAAGGGCUUCAAGUACUUAUACUUGACCACAGAAGAUUAUAGCAAGGUGGCCCAUUUGAAUUCGGUGCGUGCCAUUUUGAUUGAAGACGAAGGCGAACCUAGAUAUAAAAUUACCGACAUCAUUGGCAAAGAUGAUGGUUUGGGAGUUGAGAAUUUACGUUAUGCCGGUUUAAUUGCCGGUGAAACAUCUCAGGCCUAUGAUGAAAUUGUUACCAUUUCCAUGGUAACCUGUCGUACCAUUGGUAUUGGUUCGUAUUUGGUGCGUUUGGGUCAACGUGUUAUACAAAUUGAAAAUUCCCAUAUUAUUUUGACGGGUUAUGCUGCUCUGAAUAAGUUGUUGGGUCGUAAAGUCUAUGCUUCCAAUAAUCAAUUGGGUGGUGUUCAAAUUAUGUACAACAAUGGUGUGUCACAUAAAACCGAAGCAUUGGAUUUGGAUGGUGUCUAUACGAUAUUGGAUUGGUUGUCGUACAUGCCAGCCUAUACGGGUGGUGAUUUGCCAAUUGUUAUACCCAAUGAUAGAAUAAGCAGAGCUGUUGAUUUUAUGCCCACAAAAUCUCCGUAUGAUCCACGUUGGAUGUUGGCUGGCCGUGUUAAUCCUGCCAAUGCCAGUGAAUGGGAGAAUGGUUUCUUCGAUCGCGAUUCAUGGAGUGAAAUUAUGGCACCCUGGGCCAAGACUGUGGUUACUGGUCGUGCUCGUUUGGGUGGCAUUCCAGUUGGUGUUAUUGCCGUUGAGACACGUACCGUUGAAGUUGAAAUGCCUGCCGAUCCCGCCAAUUUAGAUUCUGAAGCCAAGACUCUACAACAAGCCGGUCAAGUUUGGUAUCCCGAUUCAUCAUACAAAACCGCUCAGGCCAUUAAAGAUUUCGAUCGUGAAGAAUUACCUUUGAUUAUUUUUGCCAAUUGGCGUGGCUUCUCCGGUGGCAUGAAGGAUAUGUACGAACAAAUUGUUAAAUUCGGUGCCUACAUUGUUGAUGGCUUGCGUGAAUAUAAGAAACCUGUACUCAUCUAUUUGCCACCCAAUGCUGAGUUGCGUGGUGGUGCCUGGGCUGUGUUAGACUCAUUGAUUAAUCCCCGUUACAUGGAAUCCUAUGCCGAUCCAGAGGCUAGAGCUGGUGUUUUGGAACCAGAGGGUAUUGUGGAAAUCAAGUACAAAGAAAAGGAUCUAGUCAAGACGAUACAUCGUUUGGAUCCCACAACCAUUGCAUUGAAAAAAGAAAUGGACGAAGCUUUGGCUGCUGGUGAUAAGCUAAAGGCCAGUCAAGUUAAUGAAAAAAUAAAGGAACGUAUUGAGGCCAUGAUUCAUGUAUACCACACCGUUGCUGUACACUUUGCCGAUUUGCAUGACACCCCCGAACGUAUGUUGGAGAAGGGUUGCAUUAAUGAAAUUGUGCCAUGGCGUGAAUCACGCACAUGGCUAUACUGGCGUCUAAGACGUCUACUGCUUGAGGAUGCUUUCAUCAAGAAAAUCAUUCAAGCCCAAGAAGGUUUGAGUGUAGGUCAAGCUAAACAGAUGUUGAGACGUUGGUUGGUCGAAGAUAAGGGUACAACGGAGUCUUACAUUUGGGAAAAGAACGAAGAAAUGGUUCAAUGGUAUUUGGAGCAAUUGAAACCCGAUUCUAUUGUUACCGGCAAUAUUAAUGCCGUACGCAAGGAUGCCAUUAUUUCGUCUAUUACGAAAAUGCUUGAGGACUGUCCCGAUGUUACACUAGACGCUGUUGUUGGCCUAUGUCAAAAUCUCUCACCCGUUAAUCGUGGUGUAGUUGUACGCACUUUAGCCCAAUUACAAUUAAAUGAACAACAACCUAGCGGAACUCAAGGAUGAUAUAGUUCAACAAAUAACAACACGACAAAUAUGCCACCUCAGAAUUUUUUCUACCAGUUCAACAAAUACUAAGCUAAAGACCAUAGAUUUUUCUUCUAAACCCCACCC